AUGAGGUCUUCCGUGGUAUCCGUGGCGAAACGCAGUCGCAACGCUCUGAUGAAGAGCAACAACUUUAUCACGAACGGUUUUGGUGUCGGUGGUGAAGCCGGUGUGGUGUUGUGUGGUGUCGCCGAUCCAUCAUCCGUAUCUUCUCUUCGACGACACGGGGAAAACUGCGCGUGCGGGUGUCGUUCCUCUUCGAAAGGGACGCGAGCGUUUUCGUCCUCGGCUGCGAACGGAACCGGGAACCGCGGCGUCAUGUUCAUGGGCGCGAACGACGUGCAAGUGAAGGAUAUUCCGUUUCCGAAACUCGAGCUCGAUUCGACCAACUCUCCAGUCGUCUCCGAACGGCAAAAGAGGAAGUGCGAACACGGGGUUAUUUUGAAAGUGGUCACGACGAAUAUUUGCGGAAGUGAUCAACACAUGGUUCGAGGGAGAACUUCCUUACCCGGCGGACACAUGAUUUUAGGCCACGAGAUUACCGGCGAAGUCGUGGAACUCGGGAAAGACGUCGAGUUCAUCAAGAAAGGAGACGUGUGUUCGGUGCCGUUUAACAUCGCGUGCGGGAGGUGCGAUAACUGCCGACAAGGCCACACCGGGAUUUGUUUGAACGUGAACCCGGCGAGACCGGGUGCGGCGUACGGGUACGUCGAUAUGGGCGGUUGGAUUGGUGGACAAGCGGAAUACGUGAUGGUUCCGUACGCCGAUUUUAACUUGCUCAAGUUUCCGGACAAGGAACAAGCGAAGGAGAAGAUUACAAGUUUAACGUUGCUGUCGGACAUUUUCCCGACCGGUUACCACGGCGCAGUCACCGCGGGCGUUAAACCAGGAUCAACCGUGUACGUCGCGGGUGCCGGACCGGUUGGUUUGGCGUGCGCAGCGUCCGCUCAGCUGCUCGGCGCGGCGUGCGUGAUUGUCGGCGACGCGAUUCCAGAACGCUUGAACCAAGCGAAAUCCUUCGGUUGCGAAGUCGUGGACAUUACCAAAGGGUCGGUCGAUGAACAAAUCGAAAAGAUUCUUGGAACUCCUGAAGUGGAUGCCGCGGUCGAUUGCGUUGGCUUUGAAGCGAGGGGCUGUGGACACAACCACGCGAAGGAAGUGCCGGCGCAAGUGUUGAACGAUUGCAUGACGGUGACGAAAGCCGGCGGCGCGGUUGGAAUUCCCGGUUUGUACGUUACGGAAGACCCGGGAGCGGUGGAAGAUGCCGCGAAAACCGGAAACUUGAGCAUGCGAUUAGGCCUCGGAUGGGCGAAAUCGUUGACUUUUGCCACCGGUCAGUGUCCGACGAUGAAGUAUAACAGAAAUUUAAUGAACGCGAUUUUGUACGACCGAGUGCAAAUCGAUAAAGCGGUGAACGUGGAAGUGAUUUCCUUGGACGACGCGCCGAGAGGCUACGCCGACUUUGACAAAGGGGCGAGUAAGAAGUACGUCAUCGACCCGCACAAUUAUACCGGUCGCGUGUAA